CAAGAUUCAUUUUCAAUUAUCUGUAUAUACAGAAGAUCAAUUUAGUAUAUAUUAAGUAAAGAUUUCUUCAGUUUGCACCCACACAGAAACACAAAGUGUAAAAUACUGUUUCAGUACUAGUUAUAGCAUUACUUCACAUUGGACAACACAAUAAGGACAGAUCCCACAUGAGGAGUAAGUACACAGUGACUCCUGUUGUUGACUUAACUAUUUGACACUCUUGUUUAUGGCGUCAGUAAUCUCCCUAGGCUCUAGUCAUGAGUUGCCAAGGCUAUGGUUGCUUCUUAGCUUUUUUUUUCAAUUGUCAUGUUAAUGUAAUGUUAAUGCAAACAGAACAGAUUCCACAUAGCUCAUAGAUACAACUCUAUAAGGAUAUAAUCUGAUUAUAAAACAUUGCAGUGUAGAGAUUAUGUUCAUUGUGAUGAUGGUGAAAAAAAUAAUUUUUUUCAGAACACUUAACAGUCGGCGUACCAUAGAAACAAUCAAUCAAACUUCAACUUUUGAUGGACACUACUGCUUCUGCCUAAGGGCUCUAGCAACAGAACAUGACUGGAAAGAACCAAACCACUGUCUCAGAGUUCCUCCUCCUAGGCCUGCCCAUCCAGCCACAGCACAAAAACCUCUUCUACGUCCUGUUCCUGGCCAUGUACCUGACCACAGUCAUAGGGAACCUCCUCAUCAUUGUCCUCAUUCACCUGGACUCUCAUCUCCACACGCCCAUGUAUUUGUUUCUCAGCAACUUGUCCCUCUCUGACCUCUGCUUCUCCUCUGUCACAAUGCCCAAAUUGCUGCAGAUCAUGCAGAGCCAAGUCCCAUCCAUCCCUUAUGCAGGAUGUCUGGCCCAAAUGUACUUCUACCUAUUUUUUGCAGACCUGGAGAGCUUCCUCCUUGUGGCCAUGGCCUACGACCGCUAUGUGGCCAUCUGCUUCCCCCUGCACUACACCAGCAUCAUGAGCCCCAAGCUCUGAUUCUGCCUGGCGGCGCUGUCCUGGGUGCUGACCACGUUCCAUGCCCUGCUGCACACCCUGCUCAUGGCCAGGCUGUCUUUCUGUGCAGAUAAUGUGAUCUCACACUUUUUCUGUGACAUAUCUGUUCUGCUGAAGUUGGCCUGCUCUGACACCCAUGUCAAUGAGUUGGUGAUAUUUGUCAUGGGUGGACUUGUUAUUGUCAUCCCCUUCCUACUCAUUAUUACAUCCUAUGCAAGGAUUGUGUUGUCUAUCAUCAAGGUUCCUUCUGCACGGGGCAUCCGUAAGGCCUUCUCCACCUGUGGUUCCCACCUGUCCGUGGUGUCGCUGUUCUUUGGCACAAUUAUUGGUCUCUACCUAAUCCCAUCAGCCAAUAAUUCUACUGUGAAAGAGACUGUCAUGGCUAUGAUGUAUACUGUGGUGACUCCCAUGCUGAACCCCUUCAUCUACAGCCUGAGGAACAGAGACAUGAAGGGAGCCUUGGGCAGAGUCAUUUGUAAAAAGAAAAUCCUCUUCUGCCUAUGAUGGCAGAACUAAAAUUUUUACAUAAUUUAUCUCAUACAUAUAUACAGAUACUAAUAUUGGAAUACUAUUCCAGACUCUUUACGUGAAUUUCUGUCAAAAUGGCACACCACAUAAUCAUUUAAUAUUAAGAAAGAAAAUGUAGCUGAGCAAUUUAACUAAGGGAGAGGAUCUUCAUGACCUGGCUGUCUCUUCCUCUUUAUCUUCCUCACCUGGAAAAGCAUAGUUUAAAAACUACUGGUUUGCUGGGUUGUGAUAUAGCAGAUUAAGCCAACAACCUGCAGUGCCGGCAUCCCAUUUGGGCACCAGCUUGAGUCCUGGUUGCUCCACUUCUGAUCCAGCUCCCGGCUAAUGUGCCUGAGAAAGCAGUGGAGGAGAGCCCAAAUGCAGAGCCCACGGGGGCAUCCACAUGAG